UCACCCACUUCAUUUCAAUUAUCAAUCAUCUCUUUCUCUCUUUCUCUCUCUCACACACACAUACACCAUGGAAAUCGGAUUCACAAUCAAAGCUCUAACCCUUUUGGUGAUUGCCUUCACUCUUUACAUUUACUCAACUUUCUUCCAAAGGAAAAGAAAACAUCCAAAUCAAAACCCAGGUUUCAGUUCCUACCCACUCCUAGGAACCUUGCCAGAAUUCCUCAUUAACCGACAUCGAUUUCUCGAUUGGAGCACCGAAGUUCUCCUUCGCUGCCCAACCCAAACGGCAGUUUUUUACCGACAUACAAAAAUCCAUGGUGUCCUCACAGCCAAUCCUCUCAACGUUGAGUACAUGCUCAAAACCAAAUUCGAUAACUUUCCUAAAGGCUCCCGAUUCAUCGCCUUUCUUCAAGAUCUCCUUGGCCACGGUAUUUUCAACUCCGACGGCAAUCACUGGUUAACUCAGAGAAAAACAGCUAGCUAUGAGUUCAACACCAGGUCACUUCGCAAUUUUGUUAUGGAAACCGUCAUGGGUGAGAUAAGAACUCGAUUGAUUCCCCUCCUUGAAGAAGCUGCGGAAAAGAAUCGAACUUUGGAUUUACAGAAUAUCUUGGAAAGAUUCGCCUUUGAUAAUAUCUGCACGGUGGCUUUCAAUGUUGAUCCGGGUUGUCUCUCUGGCUAUGGAACAACCGAUAAUAAGUUCAUGGAAGCCUUCGAAGACGCCGUAACUUUGAGCGCCGGGAGAUUCUUCUCUAUUACACCUUUAUUCGUUAAUAUUAAGAAAGUUCUAAACAUCGGAACAGAACGUAAGCUCAAAGAAUCAAUCUCCAUUGUCCAUGAAUUUGCAGACAAGAUAAUAAAACUAAGAAUAGAGAAUCUCAAAAACGAAGAGCAAGAAGAAGAACGCCACGAUCUAUUGUCGCGUUUUAUGGCGAUUCAAGACUCUCCGGAGUAUCUCCGGGACAUCAUAAUCAACUUCAUAUUAGCAGGAAGAGAUACGACAUCGUCUGCUUUAAGUUGGUUCUUUUGGCUGCUAUCAUCAAACCAAACCGUGGAGAAUCAAAUACUUAACGAGAUCAAAUCAAUAAGGUUUCGAUUUGGGAAAACUGUCGGAGAAAGUUUCAAUCUUGACGAGUUAAGAGAGAUGAAUUACAUCCAUGCUUCAAUUUCGGAGGCAAUGAGACUAUACCCACCAGUACCAUAUGACACAAAAAGUUGCCUGAAAGAUGACGUCAUGCCGGACGGAACGUUUGUCGGAAAAGAUUGGUUCGUGACGUAUCAUACAUUUGCGAUGGGAAGGAUGAGAGAGAUUUGGGGAGAAGAUUGUUGUGAUUAUAAACCGGAGAGGUGGAUUGAUGAAAUAACCGGUUCGUAUAAACCGGAGAAUCCUUUCAAGUUUCCGGUUUUUCAUGCCGGUCCGAGAAUGUGUCUAGGUAGGGAAAUGGCUUAUAUUCAAAUGAAGUCAAUUGUUGCUAUGGUGUUAGAGAGGUUCCACGUGGAUGUUCUGGAGAGCACCACGUGUCCGGAGAUGUUAACAACUAUGACACUUAGAAUGAAGAAUGGUCUUCCAUUUAAGGUGAGGGUAAGGAAUCAUGUGAACGAGUAAAGUUAUAAGUUUAUUAAUAGAGACAGGUGAUGCAUAUAGUAAUUAU